AUGGAAUCGUUGCGUAGAUUCGGCACGACUAUGCACGAAUUCUGGCGGGGCGUUGUCGAAUGGCGAAGCCCUGCCUCUGGGCCAUACCUAAUGAUCGUGAACAUCGCAUUUUGGUCCGCUGCCCUAUACUGCUCUGAACUAGUCCAACUCCGCUUACUUUGGUCAAUUGCUGCUGGAGUAGUCGGAUGGGACAUUCUACUGGCACCAACGCAUGAACAUAGUAUAGCGACGCAUAUCGCGUUGUGGCCAGUACAGUCUAUCUGGAGGCUCGCAUCAAUUAAAACUGCAACAGCUAGAAAGCGCUUGUAUAACAGCGUACGCUACAGGUACAAGUUCUUCGCUGCAUCGUUUCUGUCUACAAAACCCGUGGCAACCGGUACUGUAUUUCUUGCAGUGGGAUGUCUUCUUGUGAAUCCUGUAUGGAAUUACUAUGAGGUCAACCAAAAGAUAGCCAAUGGUGCACUCUACUGCGGUAAGAAGGCAGCAGAUGUUGCAACGGUAAGUCUGGGAGCUAUUUGGCAUGCCAUCAAAUCAGCUGCCGUCAAAACUGGAAAUGCGAUUAAAAACGGAGUAUACAGCAUAAUGACUGGUAUAAAGAAUGGUGCCAUAUAUGUUGUGACGUCGAUCAGAAAUGGUGUUGUGUACGUGGUGACAGCUAUAAAAAAUGGUGUCGUUGGUGUUGUGAUGGCGAUCAAGAAUGGAAUCAACGGCGUACUAUAUAUCGUGACAGGAAUCAAGGACGGCUUUUGUUGGAUUGGAAGAGGAAUCAAGAACGGAGUGCUGGCUACUAUUUAUGGCAUUAAGAACGGGAUACAAGCCACUGCCAGAUAUAUUGCGGAUCUCUGCUGCCGUAUAGCGAAUUGGAUUCACAUGAGAAUCAUCGAACCGACUAAGAAUGGCAUAUACGCCAUUGGACGAUGGCUGAGAUACUGGUUUUGUGCUUACUGGUGGCCAGAUUUGAAGCAAUGGAUGAAAAUCAGGAUUGGAGAACCGCUCCGACGCGCGUUCAACUACUUUUGCUAUGGUCUCAUGUACGUUUUUUGUGGUUACUGGAUCCCGCCAGUGAAAGCCUUUUUGGGAAAAUGGUUUGGACGUUUCAAGGAUUUCUUGGUAGCUCAAAUCCGACGGUUGGGUGGUUAUCUACACGAGACAGUUGUUGUACCGACCAAGAAUUACUUCCGACGCAAAUUUGAUGAAUUUCGAUCAUGGCUACGGCAGUUUUUGCAUCGUAUCGCCUUAUCAAUCCGUUACUUUCGACGCAAAUUUGAUGAAUUUCGAUCAUGGCUACGGCAGUUUUUGCAUCGUAUCGCCUUAUCAAUCCGGUGUGUAGACGACAGCGAUGUCGAACUUGAAGGCAUGCUGCCGGACGAAAUCACUGAAGAGAUUGAAAAAGCUGCAGACGGCAGUGAAAGCGAAGACUCUCUACUGGAUUUGGCUCCAACAGUUCCUCCUGACGGUCUGAGAAACCACGGGUUCAUCCCUGACCAAUGUGCUGUGUGCAACAGUUACUUUUAG